CUAGUUAAAUUACUCAAGUUUCGUACCUAUGUCCAGCCUUCCCGACUGUUUUGAAGCUCUUGCCUCCCUACCAGAGCACCAGAAGACCUACUCUGAAUGCCUCAAAUACGGUACUGCUGGUUUCCGCGAGGUGGCCGAUGAGCUUCCCUUGGACGCGGUAUUCUUCCGUAUGGGCGCCUUGGCCGCCGCCCGUUCCCGCGUUCUCGGCGGUAAAGUUAUGGGAGUUAUGAUAACUGCUUCCCACAACCCUGAGCCGGAUAACGGUGUUAAGAUGAUUGAGCCCAACGGUGGUAUGCUCGUCACCGACUGGGAGGAGCUCUGUGAGAAGGUGGCCAAUGCUGAGGACGUUGGAGCUUUCCGUGGCCUCAUCGAGAAGACCCUCGAAGGCUCUACAUGCAAGUCUGGCAUCGUCUUCGUAGGCUGUGACACUCGGUCCAGCAGCAAACGUCUUCUCCGUUGCGUAUGCCGAGGUGUUGCUGCAUGCGGUGGUUACUGCGAGAACUGGGGGGAGCUAACUACCCCUGCCCUCCAUCACAUCGUCCGUCAAGCCAAUGGCCUUGGCCAUGACGUGUCUCUGGCCAGCAAGGAGGGCUUUGUCCGGAUGUUCAAUGAAGGCUAUCGUCGUGUCACCGCUGGCGUGUCACCCGAGUCACAGCUGAGUCGUGGUCCUGUACUGGUCGACUGUGCUGGUGGUGUUGGCUUCGAAAUGGUAGAGAAGGUCGCCUCCACUAUGUCCGAUAUCCUAUCCAUUGUCCCUCGUAACGGUCCUACCACUCCCGGCCUUAUCCUGAAUCAUGAAUGCGGUGCUGAGUACGUCCAGAAGGGCCGACUGCCUCCUAAAGGGUCUUUCUCGGCUACUGCUGAUGCUGGCCAUAGGAUUGCCUCCCUUGAUGGUGAUGCUGACAGGCUGGUGUAUUCCUAUUGGGAUGUAGAUAUGAAGUGGCAUCUUCUGGACGGCGAUAAAAUCGCCGCGUUAUUGGCUGAGUUUAUCCAGGCCCAGCUCACUCUGGCUGGCCUGAAGGACGAUGCUGAUUGCGAGUUCGCUGCAGUGCAAACAGCAUAUGCCAACGGCAACUCUGGUCGGUUCAUUCGAGAGAAGCUCGGGGCGCGUGUUGAGAUGGCUAAGACUGGCGUUAAAUUCGUGGAGGCUGUUGCGCACGACUAUCCGAUUGGUAUGUACUUCGAGGCAAACGGUCACGGCACUGUAGUGUUCAAGCCCCAGGCUUUGGCCAAGUUCCAUAAGGUCUUGGCGGAUCAAAAGGCUUCGAUGAGUGCAAGAGAAGCAGCCUCGAGACUUGUGGGUCUGUCGUGGCUCAUCAACCAGGCUGUUGGUGAUGCUAUCUCUGACUUCCUGGCGGUGGAAGCAGUGUUGGCAGUGAACGGGUGGUCUAUUGGGGAGUGGGAUGGUAUGUACGAGGACUUGCCCUCGAGACAGGGCAAGAUCUUUGUUAAGGAUCGCACUCUCGUCCAAUGUACGGACGACGAGACGGCAGCGAUCACCCCGGCUAACCUUCAGCCUGCGAUCGACGCUCUAGUUGCUAAGAGGGAGGCUGGCAGGGCUUUCGUGAGGCCUAGUGGUACUGAGGACGCUGUGAGAAUCUACGCUGAGGCUAAAACUGAGAAGGACGCCAAUGAAUUAGCCUUUGAGGUGGCUAAGGCGGCUUAUGAGAUCGUCGGGGGCGCUGCAGGCAAGCCGAGUCCCUGUGCGGCUGAGUACGGUCUGUGAUGAAAGUAAAUGAUGUUGAUUGUUUAGAGAGGACUUCUCUG